AGAUAGAUUUUUUUUUACAAUAAAAAAAAUCUUCAUAGCAAAAGCGCCGACUUCAGGCAAAUCCCCGAUUUUAACCCCACUACCCACCCCACGUGUUCACUUCGGCCCCACGAUUUCCGCAUAGUUCGUUCCGUUCUUUCAAAAUCCGAAAUGGAAUGACUAGGGCGAGAGACGACGAAGACUGCUGCUAUAUCCUUUCUCCUUGCAAUGCUCUCGAACCUCUUCUUCACUUCUUCCAUGCCUUCAUCUCAGGAAGCUUCUGAUUAUUGAGACUUGGAGGUCUCGCAUUCGCUGUUCAUCGCCUCUUCCGUACUUUCUCCUUGCUCGUGUUGCGGCUAGCUCGCCGGAGAACAACUGCAUUCCUUUACUGCGGUAGGUGUCGAUUUAUGGUUAUAUAAGCUACGAUAUGGUGAAGCCCUGGGGGAGAUGCAGUGAUUUUGUUGACAAUGGUUAUGCAGUUCCUAAAUCUCGGCCUGAGUUCAAGCGCCGAAAGUGUGGUGGAUUCCGAAAACCUCUGGACCGGCACGCCUUCUUAGAUGGAAACCUUGACCAGACUGCUCGACGUCCUACUGAAACAAAGACGUAUAGGUCCAGGAACUUUAGUGUACCGCAGAGAGAAUUGAAAGAUAAUGAGCAGAAAUUGGCAUUGGAGGCAAAAUCAAGUUAUGUGACUGAAACUGGAGUUCGUCCAAAGCACGGUGUAUGCGGAUGGCAUCCUUCUUUGGGCCGUAGGGAAUUUUUCUUGCAUGGUGAUGAUUCCCAUCAGAAAUCUUUGGUUGAAAAUGAUGAAGCACCCAGAGCUAAGGCUGGGCUGGAAGUGCCGAAGAGAACCUUGCAGCAUAAUGCUCUUGAGAGACCCACAAAUUAUAAGGGUGUUCCUCUCAAACAGCUUCAACAUGCAUUUACCCCUUUAAUUGAUGAAAUAAAAUCUCAAGGUUCAGAUGACUCCAAGAGUUAUGGAACUUCAAGUGUUGCUGAGCUGAAAAUGACACAUGGAGCUAAAUCAGAUGAUGUGGUAACAAGGGAUUCUGUUGAUGCUGAAAGUGUUUGUUCACGGACUGGAAAGGACGAUUCUUCUUCUCUUGUUAGCACCCCACAGGGUGGGGUUCACUUAAAACAGGAUUUCAGUGCGGCACAAAAGCUUGCCCUAGAAAUGUCUAGAUUGAAUUUUGAGAGCACAUCAGAGGCAAAAAUUUCCAGAUGUCAAAGAGAAUUCUGCUCUGUCCUUAAUGAUGAAUCAUGUAAAAUGCUUAAUGUAAAAAAAAAUUUAGACUCCAAACCACAAACACAGUGCUAUGAGAAAAGCAGUGCUCUGUCUGUGGGGGAUAAUUUGAAGUCUUCUUUUGAAAACAAUUCUACUGUUGUGAAUCCUAGCAGUCAAGCUACAAAUGGUGAAGAGGAGUUUCAGUUUAGUGAUAAGAUUGUAGUCCUGAAUACGCCAAGAACAGUCCGGGUACCAUCAGAUCACAAUGUUGAUGAUGAGCAUCACCGUUUAUUCUACUAUUUUGCUGAUGAUUCACAUAUUCAGGAAUUGGGAAUGGCAAGAGAUCUCAUAUAUCUUGUUUCUGAUCUAUACAAUGUGGAUGACUCUCGAAGACGUGUCAAGGAGGCCAUAAAUCUUUUCCGGUAUGUGCACUCCACACAUUCUAAAGCAUAUGACACAGAAACGGCAGCAAUGACUCUUAAGUCUGAGAAAAAAUGGGUCAAUUCUGAAAAGUGCUUUGUUGGGCAUGUUCCUGGAAUAGAGAUUGGUGACGAAUUCGGGCUCAGAGCUGAACUUGCUAUCGUUGGCCUUCAUCACGAAUUUGUAUGUGGCAUAGAUUUCGUGAGGCUCCCAUGGCAUAAGUCGGAGACCUAUGCUGUCAGCAUUGUGGAUUCGGGUCGUUACGAUAACCAGCAGACAUCUCCAAACAGUUUUGAAUACGUCGGCCAUGGUGGAAAUCCAAGAAUUGAUGGCAAAAAACCCAAGGAUCAAAAGAUGGUUUCUGGCAAUCUUGCCCUGAAGAACAACAAGGACAAAGGUCUACCCGUAAGGGUCAUUCGUGGGACGAGUGGGACGAGUGGUACCAAGGCAUACAUUUAUGAGGGCCUUUAUUUCGUGACAGAGUGCUGGGAGGAGAGAGCUGAACAUGGCAAAAUGGUAUUCAAGUACCAACUGCAAAGAGCCUCACCCCAACCAACACCGCCAAGUUUUGCUCAGCAGUUGAAAAUUCCUCACAGGUCAUCUUCAGAGUCAAGAGAUGUCAGCUGCGUACUCACAGUGGUUGAUGACAUAUCUCAAGGCAAGGAGAAAUCACCCAUACGGGUCCUAAGUGACUUGUACGCCGAGACACUGGGACCUUUCAAAUACACAAAGAAAAUGCUAGACCCUCAUUGGUACCGCCGUUCGGCCCCACCAGGCUGCGACUGCACGAACGGAUGCUCUGAUGAUUCCAUUCACUGCUAUUGCGCGUACAAGAACGGAGGCAAGACCCCAUACAACAGCCAAGGAUCUGUCACGAUCACUGCUCCCAUCAUCUACGAGUGUGGGCCAUCCUGCAAAUGCCCGCCCUCCUGUCCAAACAGAGUUACCCAAAGGGGUCUCCGGUACACCCUGGAGAUCUUCAGGAAAGUAGACGGGGGAUGGGGGGUGAGGUCUCGGAACUUCAUCUCAGCCCGGAGCUUCGUCUGCGAGUUUGUGGGAGAGCUGCCCGAAGACGACAGCCAGCAGAAACCAGAAGAGCCAGACAACGGCGAAGGGUUCGUUCAAGGAAUUGGCGGGAGCGGUUUCAAGAUCGACGCGCAACGAUGGGGGAACGUGGCGAGGUUCAUCAACCGCGGGCCCUCGCCGAACCUCUACGUACAGAAUGUCGUAUACGACGACAAUUACGAAAGGGUCCCUCACGUGACGUUCUUCUCCUCCCAGAACAUUACGCCCUUGCGGGAACUCAUCCGCCCAGUUUGAAGUCCCCACGCUGAGCUCUUAAAAGCUUACAUACAUACGUAGUGCCAUAUCAACAGGUUUCUGCUCUGAAUAUAGUAUUAGACUUUGU